AUGAGUGAGGCAAGGCUUUUGGGUAUCCACAUACCAUUCCCUUCAUUACCCAACUCCAUCAAAGACUCUAACUGUAAGAUAAUUUAUAUUAGCAGGAAUCCAUUUGACACUUUUGUUUCAGCUUGGGAAUUCUUUCCUAAAGCCAAGUCAAUGUCUUCACCUACUCUUACACUCGAGGAAGCAUUUGAAAAGUUUUGCGACGGUGUAACGGAGUUUGGUCCAUGGUGGAGACGGUGUAACGGAGUUUGGUCCAUGGUGGAGUCAUAUGCUAGGUUAAGCAUAGACAGACCAACCAAAGUUCUGUUCUUGAAAUAUGAGGAUCUUAAAGAGGAUACUAAAUUUCAUGUGAAAAGAAUUAUAGAGUUCACUAGUGCAAAAAUGGGCUUUUACGUCAGGUAUUUAGGGCUUUUUACGUCGUAUUUAAGAUUGACGUUAAAACGGGAGACGUAA